UGGCACGCCAAUUUCAAUUUUAUUUUACGCGUGCGAGGCGAACGGUGUGUAUUCUUCGCGCUCCGCUGCUGCUAAAAACGCGCCACAAAAACACUCUGCCGCUGGUGGGGCUAUUGCAUCCUGCUCGGGACAGUUUGGUGUAUCGAAAGUCCCGUGAAACGCAGUACGUGAAAAGUAAUCCAGCGAAAAUUAAAUGCCACCUGUGGUGACACUGCAUUUGUCGCUAAUCGUAAUUUGGUGGCGAAAUAAAUCGAAAAAUCCGUGUGACUUGCCGUGUGAAAAACAGAAUAGUACAUGCAAUCAAGUGAACGUGUAGCAAGGCAAAUAAGUGAAAAAGGAAUCCUAUUGCAUAAAAGGCAAUUCUUUUGUGGAUUUACAAAUAAAAAGCCGAGUGAGCCGCGAUGUAAAAGGCAUCAAGUAAAACUCACAUAAGACACAGUGACGACGUUGUCAAAAAACCGCGCAUACACACACACACCCCCAAGAAAGCAAUAAUGCACCCGCGUUUUUCGUUAUCGGCGUUCUUCUUGUGUCCGAGCGCGAUCUCGUCUUCUUGUUCAUUAUGGGCGCUUUAGUGUGAAGCAGUCAGUACGACCGAUCUGCAACUUGUGUACUGUGGUGGUGUGACCCGCAUGGCGAACGUUCGCUAUCCAACCGGCGAAACUCAUUCCAACAUCAGCAGCGAGGAUCCAACACAAUACAUGCUCAACACCGCCCGUUGGGAAUAGCUUAUGAGCGUCAUUUUCUUCCUGUCCAAAACUUUUCAUCAAACCGAAACGUCACAAACGGUUGGACGCAUAAUAGCAUGAGUGCGAAUGUAUUGUCCGCAUGUCCAUCAUCACAGGGUUCGAUAGCACAAACGAACGCGUACUCCUGCCGUGUGUUGUAUGAUUAGAUACGCGCGCGUACCCGGCACCAACUGUGUGUAGAAGUGGUAGUGUAAGUGUCAUAUGUUCGGCGAUCUUUCUUGCCUCCAAAAGGUGCGUUCUGCUGCUUGAGUAUAUGGGUGACUUUCGCGGUGUAAAUGAGGAUCGCGCGCCGUGUGAACGCAAUGCGAUAGAUUACGCCCGGAGCGAAGUGAAUGCGUGUGGGUAGGAUUGUUCCUGCGAACGGACUGAAGAUACUACACACAGCUCAGCUGUAAAGUGAGUUCAACAGUGUUUCGUACUGUGAGCUGUGACUACAGUUGUGGAAUAAGUCCUACUAGUGUCCAGCAAAAGUGUUCAUCAAGGAAGUCCUGAGGAGUUUUAGCAGUGUUUAACGUGCGUGCGGGUGUGUGUACUUGCCGGAGCGCAAUGUUAAGCGGUCCUGAAGCAUGCAAGUAGCGUGUUAGUAGCAAAGCAACUAAUAUAAGAAGAAGUGAUCAAGUAAUUGUACGCGCGAAUCGCUUUUGUGAUCGCCCGUCUUUGCGUGUGUGUGGUGUGCGUGUAAGUUAAGUUCUGAACCGACCCGUGCCGGGGUCAGUAUCGGCCAGGAACGGUGGAGGUAACUAGCGCCACCGGCAGUGUCCACGGGCUGCAGCACGAGGGUGCCGGCUUCGUACUGGCCCGUAACCGCCAGCCGCCGCCACAUCCCCCUCAUCAUCACCGGCAAAGGCAACGCCACCGUCUGCAGCAGCCCGACGACCAGCGGCAACUCACCGCGACGACGCUCACCAGCAGCAGCAACACUUCCUCCACCUCCCUGGCAACCGAAAGGUUAAUUACGUUCGGUAAAAUUAGGAGAUUCCGGGAAACGAGUGCCGCCUCACCAUCGUCGAGGACGUCGCCGGCAACGCCAAGUGCACAAUCGCUUCUGAUGAUGAUGAUGGCAACAGCGACGAAGGGCAAACGCCCGCUCCGUCACCUCACGGCGACGGAUAAAAUCGACGCUAUCCAGCGGAUCCACGAUGGCGAGUCGAAGGCGUCGGUGGCGCGGGACAUCGGCGUACCGGAGUCGACGCUACGUGGCUGGUGCAAGAACGAAGAGAAGCUACGCUACAUGUCACGCCAGUCGGUGGAAAACGCGGAAAAGCUCAGCAACGAAGCGACGGCAGCCGCCCUAACAGCGGCCGCUGCUGCCGAGCUGUUCAGUGGACCGCCCGAGAAGCGGCUGAAGCUCGAAUCGGCCAUGUUCGGUGGGAAUGGCAAGCUCAAGUACGACGACAGCUUCUACAAGGUAGCGGCCGCAGCUCGUGGAUCUCUGAACGGGCUCGAUCUGUCCGGCGGAGGAGGCGGUGCUGGCGGUGGUGUCGACAAAAAUGGACCACUCGGUGUGUCCGGUGGGGAUAUUAUCAUGAACGGGUUGGCCGGUGCAUCGGCAGCUGACUUCAGUCAAUUUGCAAAGACAGCGGCCGAAAUUUCGGCCCUCAGCAAAUCGAAGGCGUACGGUGCGGAUCUCAGCAAACACCAUCACCACGGCGGAGAUCCAACCAAGUCCGAUCAUCACCUGUCGAUGGCGGCCAUCAGUCCGCUAACGAGCCUCAGCCACCUGUCGGGCAUGUCCGGGUUGGGCCAGAGUCCGCUGGCACUAAGCUUCAACGAUAUCGCUACCAAUCUGAACCUGAUCGCACAGCUCAACAACAACCACAACCUGGCGACUAUGUCCAGUUUGGCCGGUGGGCUUAAUACGGCGGCAGCUGCUGCUGCUGCCGCACAGUCCCUGCGUAACGUUCGUCCCAAGGGUUCCGGAAGCUCGGCGGCAAAUAACAACGGUUCCGGCGUAGGUGCAGGAACCGGUCGGGGUAGCAACCUGCAGGACAAUGGCAAUGGUGCUGGAGGAGGAGUUGGAGGAGGCGGAGGAGCAGGUGGCGGCUCAGGACCCGGAAACAAUACGGACAAGUCGGUGUCGUCGUCGGGUGGCAAUUCGACCGUACCUUCACUCACGGUGCGCAAUCUGGCCAAGCUACAGCAGCAGAAAAGCUCGUCCGGCGAGCUCCUCGGUAACGGUAUGCUUCACCAACAGUCUCACGCUGCUGGGCUAUCUAAUCUGUCUGAGCAGUAUAGAAAAUCCAGUAACCAAUCUAGCAAUCCCGCCACUAGUACACCCACUACAACCACUACCAAUGCUUCCGUAGGUCGUGACUCGAAUGCCGCCCCCGUCGACGAUGCGCUCUGGUACUGGCUCAAGUCGCAGCAGGCGAUGCUCGGACUGAACAAUCUCUACACGGCGUUACCCCGCGCAGCCAGCCACAGUCCGCCGACGCCGCCACCUCCGAUGGGUCUCACAUCCGUAACGGUCGGUGCUGGAUCCCCGAAUCACGCCCAGACUACGCUUCCUCCGACAGCACACACUCCGCAUACACCGCCACCGCCGCUUGUUGGUCCACCGCUCGUCAGCACCCCGCAACCCACGCCACCCUCAUCGGCCCCGUCGCUUACCCCCGAAGACACUAAGAACUCGUCCUGGUUCUGGCAGUGGUACAAAACGUUCGGCGCUUCACUAAUGCCUGGUGGAACCGCUGGAGGUGCUGGACCGGGAACGCCCGCAUCGGACAGUAAACAACAUCUGCGCGAACAACAGCAGCAGCAGGCCGCCCAGCAAGCAGCAAUCGCAGCUGCUUUACAUCACCACAACAACAACAACUCGCUAAGCCAGCAGAACCAGAACAACAGCCCUGCGGGGCAGAAAGGUAAUGGUGGUGGAGCAGCAGCAACCGCAGCGUCCCUGACGGCGGCCUACGAAAACAUCCUGUACUCGCAGCUGACCAAGGGUUCGUCGGCAAACGCAGUCGACACUCUGAACAACAAUCAUCAUCACCAUAUGAACCAUCAUCUGAGCGCUCAUCUGAAGAACGAACCUAUGGAUCUCAAUAUGAGCGGUACAAACGAUGGUGAUUCGAAGCCGGAGGAUCUGUCGAACCAUCACACCACCAUUGGAAAGGAUCGGAUGGGCGCAAUCGGUAAUGGUGGAGAUGAGCGGCGUUCCCGAUACCACCACAACUCUCCCAGCCGACCUUCAUCCGCCUCAUCGGUGGCUUCUUCGUCGAUGAGUGCUCACGGAUCACGGGACGGUGCGGAACAUAUGAUGCCACCGACGCUGGCACGCGCUUCUGAAGAUCGGGAAGACGAUGAAGUAGCGGCUCUUGAUGAUGCUGAAGAGCGCAAACUAAGCUCAUCCACUACUGUCGUGGAAGCCACAUCCACCGACGGUGCGGACACUAGCGGUCUUAAAGAGAACGACGGUGAGGAGGAAGAUCGGGAGGAUCGUAACGAGAGCGGCUCGCGUGUGAAUGAGGAUGAUGAGGGUGUUGUUCAGGCCGAUCAGGAACAGAUGCCAGAGAAGGACAGAAAGCAUCGCUCGGGUGCUUUGAAACGUCGCCGGUGUUCGUCGGCAGAGCUCGUCGAGGCAAAGGAAGCGCUGGACAACAUUCUGUUCAGUGGUAACAGCAAUGACCGUUGCUCGACUGUUAGUAGCGUAGCUGCAUCGCCACCACCGCCGCUACUGUCAAUGGUUGUGCGUGGACGAUCCGCCAGUCCGAUUGGUACGACGAUCGGUGAACACAACGGAGCUGAUGGAUUGCUGCAUCUCGAUGGCAAGGGCGACACAACCGGGGAUGAAGCUAAGAGUGAAACAUCGGAAGACUCAAACCACCUCCAGCGCCAAUCAACGCUUACGCCGGUGACGUCCGUGGCCGUGGCAGACAUCCGCAACUCUGCCGAAGCAGUGGAACACGGUGAGAAGUUCCUAAAGUGGCUCGAAGCCUGCAGCGACCCGAAUGUGACCGCGAUGCAGGUGAUGCAGUUCAAGUACCUGCUCAACAGCAUCAAGCUGAGCGCCGAACGGCAACUGCAAACUGCCACGGCAGCCAGUGCUUUGGCCGGUAGCGGUCCCGAAGAACGCACUCGUAUCCGGAAGCGCAAGUAAAAAGGUAGCUACGAAGGAUCCGUUCGUACUUAGCGUAAUUGUACAUAGUGAGUGAGGUAUGGCAUCGUUUGUCCAGCCGACGAGCAUACUGGAUGGUGUUGUUUGUUUUCGAUUCAAUUCGAACGGCACGGUGGGUUUAUAGUGUCCCCAAAAAGUCGAGUGAGUCGGAGUUGUAAAGUGGAAGGCAUGAUGUCACUGCGCCCUAUAAUGUAAGACGGUCUAUACAAAUUAAGUAGUUGAAUUUUUUCAUUUCUAUACAUUCCCCAAGAAACGAACAAACCCCGUCUUGGCUUAAAGAUGUUUUGAUUUUUCGUUGAUUUUCUGAACCUUUUGUACAAGUAGCACUUAGAAUGCAUUCCUAGCUGCAAAAUUGAUCUUCCGUUUCCACUUUCAUUCCCAAUUCUCUUUAUUUGCUAGUUGAUCCGUUAUAUCUUGUUAAUAAGUUUGUAAAUAGCGUUCGAUAAUAGGAGCACAAACGAAAUGGGAAAUUCGAACUAAAUACAAAAAAGAAACUGGCCAAAGCAAACCACUCUGUAGGGUUGGAUAUUGUUAGAUGCACUUUCGGAGAAUGAAUGUGAAGCUGUGGGACAUGGGUUUAUCGUCCCCUUACCCAACCGAUAGAUCAAGAUGAAGAUGCCAAAUGUACAACCUUCUUAGAAUGCACAUUAACUUAUGUAAUUUAUCUGAAAGGCCGAUGAUGGAUGCGGUGGAAAGGAAGCUAACAGAAGAGGCGCGAGAGCAUUAAGCACCACCAGCGUAUCAAUUAAAGUUAGUGGUGAAAACUGGGCCCCUUUUCUGUAUUUAAGUUUACAUGCAAGAGAUCUCGUACAGUAUGACGGUUUAUCGCUGUUUCUUCCCCUCUCAGAUAAUCUGGAGAUCCUUACGCUCCUGCGCACUGAAUGGAUGUUCUUAUGUAUAUUUUUUGCUCAAGCAUCAACAUGAAAUCGUAACCUAAGCAAACAUAUUCCAAUCUCUAAACGGUAGUAAAGAAAAAGGCGAUUAAAAACAAUGGAGGUGCGCAUCAUUCCUCACACUAGUGAAAUGAGUAUGUCAAAGAUUGGGAAAACGCAGCACAAACUAGCCACGAUGAACUAAAAAACACACACCCAAACUGGUGAUCCGAUAUUUAGAAAAGGUCUCGGAUCAAUCCAAUUCCUGUGACAAAAUUCCAUUCUCGUGUAAGUAAAAGUUCAGGCCGCCGAAAGAGGGAGCAAACCGAAUGUGAGGGGAAUAAGCGGAAAACGGGAGUCAAAACCAGCGCUAAACAAAUUAAGAGGAAAAAGAUAUAUAAUUAUAUAUAUACACACAAAAACACACAAUUCUAUAUAUAUAUACAUAAAUUUAGGCGAAAACAAAAAGACGAUUUAGGCAGCGCGGACAAACAAAUGUCAUUGUGAUUUUUUGGACUAUUUCCUAAUAAACGAAAAAUUCCUCUAGGCGAAGAAGAAGAAGAAAUUAGGGAAAAAUAAUGCGUAAUGGCGCGUUAGUGUGUUAGCGAGCAGUAGCAUUAGGAUAACAAUUAGCCUGCGAUUAGAUGCGAACGAUGAUGGGGGCGAGUGGCGUGUAAAAGAAAAUCUUUGCAAAAGACACAAAAAAAGAAGAACAAAAACACUGAUAUUCCUAUGUAUAAACAAAACGGUGAACUAAUGUAAAAUUUGAACUCUAUCACUAAAAGAAAAUGUUGAACAUACAUAAAUGAAAUUUGCGAAUACACACACACACUACAUUAACAAAACUGGAAA